CCACCAAGGUUCACAAGGAUGGGCAGCCAGCAAUUGCUCACAGAGCUGCCUGUCUCCAAGUACUGAGUAGUAGGAGUGGCCCAUGGAGUGCCCGAGCCAGCGCUCUAACUCAGUGGAGAGGAAAGCAUGUGUAUGAUGAUGGACACAUUUUCUCUUCUUUCCAUUAAUUAUUUUUUGCCUUUAUUAGUUUAUACUAGUGUCUCAUUCUUCUUCUCAAUUUUUCUUUUCCAGUCUCUCUCCCCGCAACACACAUACACAGAGUUACCAAGUUUCCCUCCCUGAAUCCAGAAAGAAAUCAUUCUCCUUUUCUCUAUCUCUGCCGGAAUCCGGACCCAACCCCCAACUCUUUUCUCAGAUCCCACAGUCUUCCCUCAGAUCCCUGAGUUCCCCUAUCCCAGUUUCCCUCCCUAAGCUCAAUACUGCCUUUGUCCCUAACCUGCAGUCAUACUUUCAACGAAAUGGGUGCCCUGGGGACUGCGUAUUCCCUCCUUUAUGCACCUCCAGUUUCUGAGUCCCAAUCAGAGGCACUGACCUGCUGGCCAGAAACUUAUGAGAAAGAAAGAAAAAAGGCAAGAAAGAAAACAUACUGGGAUCCCCUUGCCUCCCAAGCAUUCCAAAUUCUGCAGAAUUGAUUUAGAAGCCUUUGCUCCAGCUCCUACCGCAUUUGGUGGUGUAUGUCCUCUGAAAUUUUCUCCGGAUUUGUUUCUUGCUCCCCUAUCCUCCUUUUCACUCUCACCCCAUGAUGUCCCAUCGCCUCACAUAGUCAGAGGGGAUCACAAAGGGUUGAGAAGGCUGGAAAAGGAAGGGUCCAUUCUGUUGCAGUUUCCAUCCCCAGAGCAACUCUAGGCCCUACUGCUCUUCUUGCACGUAGCCCGUCUCCUCUCCUUGGUGUCUCCUCUCCUUGGUUGAAGCUGGCUGGAGCCUUCCAGGCUCUCUUUUUAUUCCUUGAGGCAAAAUUGUGCAGUCCAGAGAGCAACCAGGAGAACAAUUCUUAAUGACCUUCUCUAGCCAGUGGUAGUACCUGUUAGAAGAGCUGAAGGGUCUGAAGUUCAUUCUUGACCUUUUUAUUUUGGGGAGGGAGAGAAAAGAUCCAAAAGUACUUGUUCCCUUAAGCCUCUGGAAGACUCCUUGGCCCAAAUCCCUGACCCUCCAGGCUUAAAGUUACUUGGUGUCUAACUGUACUGACCUCCAGCUGGGGUUGGUAGAUCUAAGAGCAGCUCCUUGCAGUCAUAUACUCAGGUAGCCCUAACAGGUCUCCUUAGGGGUAUCCUGGCUUGAGCCCUAAUACUUCAUUAGGCUUGGGCAUUUUCUCCAUAUAAACUCAGAAAAAAUGGCUCCCACCCUCAAUCUUACCCUGCCUCUCAGUCACCAAUGCUCUUGAGGACCGCCAACUCUCUGGCAAGGUGAUAGAAUCCUUAGGACAGCACAGGGAGGGCUCUGAAAGUAACUCGUGUUGCCGGAGGGUAAGGAGGCCACAGGUUCCCCCUGUUUCACAGGGCCAUAGGAAACUAGCUGCUCCAUUCCACCUGGCUUGACUUUGAAGGCCUGAAAAAAAAUGGAGACCAGAGGCCAAGGACCAUCCCUUUCUCAUCCAUAAAGCAGAGUCUUGGGUAAGGGAAGCAUUGCCAGAGUCAGAUAUAGCUAUCCUCUCCUGGAGGGGAGACAAUAGCUGGAAGUCAUCUCUCACCUUGGUUUUUCCCAGUCCCAUCGCCUGUCCUGGUGUAUCCAGAUGAGAGAAAGCAAAAGAAAAGUAUUUAACCAGGAAAUCACAGGAUGGUGUCAGGCUCCGUCUACACGAAGAGAACCAGUUUCCCAAGCUGCCUUUGUGGAAGAGACUGCCUGCCCUCUAUUUUAUCCCCUAAGUCAGCAGUUAAAGAGAGUUGCUAAUACUCCUGCUUGGGGAAUGUCCUGGUGCUUUUUGUCUUUUUCCUCCGCUGGGAAUGGUUCAUCCCCACCCCCGCUCCAAAUCUGCAGACACCUACAUUUUUGGCUCCUGUCUUCCUCCUACAGGCCUCUUCCUUGCCUUUUCCUGCCCUGCUCAGACACGCCCUAAGAAAACUUUAACUUUUUUAGCCUUACUCACUGGUGCCAAGAGUCGUAAAUCUUGCACAGCAGAGAGAAACAAACAGGUUUGCUCAGAAUAACAACAACAACAAAAAAGCAUCCUCCUGUCUCUUCUGCAAGCACAUUUAAAAUGAAGCCCAUUCUGCAAGUUCUCCUCUUCUCAGAAGUGCAAAAGUCCUUAUCACCUCUAAGCUCUUCUGCCUAUCUGGAGGUGAGAAUGCUAACAGAAACUUCUAUGUGAAGUUCUUACAGUCCUCUGUUGCCAGCCGGCACUGUCUGGAGUUCAAACUAAACUUCAGGGUCCUUCUUUUGUCACUCUCUCCUCAAGCCCACACCCGCUUCAAGAUGUUCUGGGUUUUUUAAAUCAUCACUCACCGCUUAUUGUCUUCAAAAAAAAAAUGAGGGGGGAGGGGUAAUUUUUUAAAAAGAAGGUCUGGCUUUGCCCCCUUCCCUGUUAGAGACUGGGCCUGGAGAUUUGGGGAGAGACAGAAGGAAUAGAGAGGUUAUGAAAAAAUGAAGCAAAAAGUGGGAGAUUAAGGAGGGAGUCAGAGGGAGAGCGGGUGGGAGACCCAGUUCAGGAAGGAGUAAAACUAUUUAAAAAGAAAAAGUCUUGGUGUUCCAACUGUGAAUGAGUAUGGAGGGGCACCCAGCACCCCCAGGCCAGGCCAACCUUUGACUAAGCCUCCAGAGCCACUUCUCAAAUUAGCACUUCUCAAAUUAGGUUCACUUGUGGGGUUUGGGGGGUAGCUGUGAACUCUGCCAGCUCUUCUUGCAUUUGCUCUUUUCCUCUGCCCUUCUCAAUUUGAAAAUGUACCUAUUCUUAAAAAAAAAAAAAAAACCCAAAAAACAAAAUAUCUCUACCUUCUUUCCUUCUCACUUUUUUUUUGGGGGGGGGUAUUUUAAAUUCCCCCCUCCCCCAUCACCACCAUCACCUUCUCUCCUUAUCAGGCAUCUAAAGCUUGCUAAAGGGGGAGAGGUGGGGGUAUGUGUGAGCUUGUGUGUGAGUGAGUGAGUGUGUGUGUGUGUGUGUGUGUGUGUGUGUGUGUGGUUUUUUUUCCCUGUGCAAAAGCAGAGGCCAUUGUUACCGAGAGUAGGGCGUACCAGUCUUAUAGGGCAACCACACUGUGGCGGCUUGGCCGUGCGGGAGCCCGGAGCUGGAUUCUCGGCUAGGCGAGCCGCCCCAGCACCUUUCGGUCUUCUAUUUUUUUCCCGCUCCCCCACCCCCUCCCUCCUGCGCACCCCCGCUCCUAAGCCGAGUGAAUUGAAGCGGACGCCGCGCGGCUCCUCUGGCCGGAGGGGAGAUUUCUCGCCUGCCGCUCGCGCUGGGGCUCGAUGUGAAUAUAUAUUAUGUCUGCCUGUUCUCCCCUCGUCGGUGGCUAAGGUAAGCUGGACUGAAAUAGGCUAUCAGUUUGUGAAUGGCGGAGAGUAUGUCUCAAUGAUUUAUGGCCCAUAUGACUCCAAUCUCGGUUCAAGAAGAGUUCACAAGCUUUAAGCUUCCUUCCACGCAGCGACUGACUCUCUCUCUCUCUCUCUCUCCUCUCUCUCUCUCUCUCUCCCUCUCUCUCUCUCCCCCUCUCUCCCUCUCUCUCUCUCCCUCCCUCCCUCUCUCUCCCUCUCCCUCUCCUUCCCUGCUUCUCUCUUUUUCUCCUCUCUUUUCUUCCAGCAGCCAGAUCCAGGGCUGAAAUUUCCCCCGUUGCUAAGAAGAGCCUAAUCUUUCUCUCUCGCCUUUUCUUAUUUUAUUUUUCUUACUUCCAUUAUUUUUUUUAAGUCCUGGAAGGUGGCCUGUCCUCUCUCCUGGGGCUUCUCCAAGCUAUUGUUACCCUUCCUGGUUCUCCCUGGGGUACGCCUGGCAAGAUGGUUUUUUUUUUUUUUUUUUUUUUUUUUUUGGUGGGGCUCACCUCCCUUCUCCAGCGAGACCCUGGGGGAAAGCCCGGAGCCACCAUCUCCCUCCCACCCUUCCGAGGAGCCAUAUGGAGCCUGAAUUUUUCCAACAUGGAGGCAAGGGAAAUAGACGUGUUUGGCUGGGUAGAGCUGUUCCCCACCCCCUCUUCUCCUGGAUCCCAGAUCUCAGACCCCCUCAGCACUUUCCCUCUUCCCACAGUCCCGUCAGCCAGGCCUCGGCGCCCUCCAGCCGGGAGCCCAGCUGGGCAAAGUCCCGGUGCAGAGUUGCUAAGGCGCCUUUUAAUUCGGUUACCUCCAGCGCCCAAACUUGCCGCUGCAGGGCUCGGCCGAGCCGGCCCGGUGUGCUUGGAACCUGUCGGCCUCUAACCGUUCUGGUGUCCCGAUCGCUUUCUCUUCGAUUCCUUGGACCAGCGUAGGCGGCAGCGGGUAGCUCAUAGCCAGCCGGUGCGGAAGCAGCGGCGGAGACAGCCCGGCGGCGGCAGCCGGGGGCUAUCCCGGUGCACAAACCUUCCCGGCCCUGUAUCACGGCCGGCGGAGUCUCCAUUCUUUCCUAUUACGUCUCUGGCUCCUUUGCUUCUCACACUCGCCUGGCCUCCGUCCUGCGAUGGUUUGGGGUUUAUUGCAGGGGAAGCGACAGAAAUUUCGGCCUCAGGCGUCUAGUCAAAUUAUUGUUUUUAUUAUCAUCAUCAUCAUCAUCAUCAUCAUUAUUGCUGUAACAAUCAUUUAGACUAAAUAAAGCCAGGGCCCACCCAGCUAACCCCCGCCAACGUUUUUAUUUCAUUCUCUUCUCUAUCUAUUAAUAACAAACUCAACUGACGCCUGUUAAUUAAUUCUCCCUUCAGCCAGGGCUGCUUGGAAGCUAAUUUUGGUUAAAUCAUCAGAGGAUAAUGGCAAUAAUAAUAAAGGGAUUGGGUCAGCCUGGUCAAUUGAACUCCAGUUCUCCUUGGAAGGACCUGCUGCUUUGCAGACCCAUGUGCGUUUCCAGAAACAAAUUCUUCCCAGAAACCAAUCGGAACUCACGAGUACACGGACUCCCUUUUGAGUAUAAAUCUGUACCAUUAAGAAUGGGAUUUAUGUGUGGGAGGGACUUCCUUCACCUGCACUCCUUUUUUUUUUUUUUUUUAACUUUCCUAAUUUUAGUUUUCUUUGGAGUUGACCAGCUAGGCCGAAUGAGAUUUAAGUUUUCCGAACACACGUGACAGAAGAGAGAAUCAGUCUGGAGAUUUUAUGAAAAGUGGUGGUGAGGGGGAUUGGGGAAGACAGAGGUGGGGGGAAGGAGUCCCAAGCAUUAGAACAAAUAUACAAAAUCCUAUCACGUUUUUAGGCUUUAUUUUCCUGGCACAUUUUUAAAAGGCUGUACUUAAAUAGUGAUUGUAUUUUUAUUUUUGCUUCAGAGAACCCAAGUAAACAGGAGUACCCUCUGUUUCCAACCUAGAGAAUAAUAAUGUUCAAAUUGAUUUUUGGAUUUUUUUCUCCAGAAUAUUUUUUCUCUUUUAGAAAGAGUGUUUCCUGUCUCAGUAGAAAAGUCCAGCAGUUACACAAUUUAGUUAUUUCUUCUUUUAUUUCGGAGAAAUCAAAGAAAGCAGACUGUCAAGGAAAGGGUGGGAGAAAUUGAUGAUUUAAAAAGAGGGGUGGAGUGAGAGACCUGGGCCAAAUGGUCACAGCUCCAACAGGCCCUGUCUGGGAAAUGGAAACAAUCCUGCUCCAUUUGGAGGCUCCACAGGGGCCACUGGCCACUGGGUGCUAGGCCUGACUGAGCAAUGACAAAAACUGGAGGUGGUGGUACUGCAGCGGGAUCAUGGAUGGAAAGAACUCAGUUAUGCUGGCUCUUUUCUAGGUUGAGCUGUUGUCCUCUUGGUGAGGGGUGGGGUGGAAGAAAAGGGUAUCUCACAGUAGGUUCCCUGCUGAACUUGCUUCUUACUCUGGUCUUUGUCGGAGAUCCCCUGGUUUCCUCUGGACUAGACUUUGACUAGGUGAAAGGAUAUAGAUGGAGGUAAGGCAGGGAGGCCUCUCAGUUCCAAGGAAGGCAUUCAUGAGCUUGUUGGAAUCUGCUGAUGCCACCUCCCUUGAGCCAUUCUAUCCCAGAGUUAGGGGGAGGCUAGGAGAGAGAGAGAGAGAGAAGGAGAGAGAGAGAGAGAGAGUAGGGGAGGUCAGGGGCUAGUGCACAGGCAGGAAAGAAGCAAGGGCCCAUGUAGCAGUAGGAUUCUACUCCUUGGCAGUUUGCAAAGGAGUGUAAUCUUGAUUUUUAAAAUGGAAAUGAAAAAUAGUGGGAUUUAUUUUUUAAAGUUAAAGCGCUGGAAUAAGAAAAACCUAUUUCAGGUCAGAGACAUGGCCUCAGCAUCUGCUUUGGAGAUGUUGGGGAGGAGAGAAGAAAAAACCCUAUUGAUGUCAGUUCCCUUUUCAGUUCCUAAGAUGGAUUCGAGCCCCAGUCCUCUUCUCCCCCUUGUGUCUCUUCUCUCCCCCCGCAGGUCAGCCGCUUGCAACAGACCCGGGAGGAGGGGGGCAGAAAGGGGAGGGGGGGUCCGGCGUGUCACGUGACCCCCAGGGGUGCCAAUGUCCGGUCGUGAGGGUAUCAGGCCCUUGCAAGUCGCCACCCACUGCCCGGGCCUCGCCCAGCGAUGCAGAAAGCCACCUACUACGACAACGCCGCGGCUGCGCUCUUCGGAGGCUACUCCUCGUACCCAGGCAGCAAUGGCUUCGGCUACGACGGCCCCCCACAACCCCCCUUUCAGGCCGCCACGCACCUGGAGGGUGACUACCAGCGCUCAGCGUGCUCGCUUCAGUCCCUGGGCAACGCCGCCCCGCAUGCCAAGAGCAAGGAGCUCAACGGCAGCUGCAUGAGGCCCGGCCUGGCCCCUGAGCCCCUGCCCGCCCCUCCGGGCUCACCCCCGCCCAGCUCCGCACCUACCAGUACCACUAGCAACAGCAAUAAUGGGGGCGGGCCCAGCAAAAGCGGCCCCCCCAAGUGCGGUCCGGGCUCCAACUCCACCCUCACCAAACAGAUAUUCCCCUGGAUGAAAGAGUCAAGGCAAACAUCCAAGCUGAAAAACAGCUCCCCCGGCACAGCAGAAGGCUGCGGUGGCGGUGGUGGUGGCGGCGGCGGCGGCAGUAGUGGAGGCAGUGGGGGCGGCGGCGGCGGUGGCGGGGGAGGGGACAAGAGCCCCCCGGGGUCAGCGGCGUCCAAGCGGGCGCGGACGGCGUACACCAGCGCGCAGCUAGUGGAGCUGGAAAAGGAGUUCCACUUCAAUCGCUACCUGUGCCGGCCGCGCCGCGUGGAGAUGGCCAACCUGCUGAACCUCAGCGAGCGACAGAUCAAGAUCUGGUUCCAGAACCGGCGCAUGAAGUACAAGAAGGACCAAAAGGCCAAGGGGCUGGCCUCGUCGUCUGGAGGCCCAUCUCCAGCCGGCAGCCCGCCGCAGCCCAUGCAGUCCACAGCCGGCUUCAUGAACGCCUUACACUCCAUGACCCCCAGCUACGAGAGCCCGUCCCCGCCCGCCUUCGGCAAAGCCCACCAGAAUGCCUACGCGCUGCCCUCCAACUACCAGCCCCCUCUCAAGGGCUGCGGCGCCCCACAGAAGUACCCCCCGACCCCAGCACCUGAUUAUGAGCCCCACGUUCUCCAAGCCAACGGGGGCGCCUACGGGACGCCCACCAUGCAGGGCAGCCCAGUGUACGUGGGCGGGGGCGGCUACGCGGAUCCGCUGCCGCCCCCUGCCGGCCCCUCCCUCUACGGCCUCAACCACCUUUCCCACCAUCCCUCGGGGAACCUGGACUACAACGGGGCGCCCCCUAUGGCCCCCAACCAGCAUCACGGACCAUGCGACCCCCAUCCCACCUACACAGACCUCUCCUCUCACCACGCUCCUCCUCCUCAGGGUAGAAUCCAAGAAGCUCCCAAAUUAACACACCUGUGAUGGGAGAGGGAGGGCAGAGCGGCGAGGUCAAGGGCAAGGGGGUGCUGUGGAGCACUAAGAGGUAGCCUGGAGGUCUAAAAGAGGGGUUAGGGAAGUAGUUGUUAGGUUCUCAGGAUCAGGGACCUGGAGCUCCUUCCCUGCUCCCUGGCCUGAGGGGUUGUUUUAAAGUCCUCCAUCCCUUGUUCCAUCUGCCUUCCAACCCAUCUGAAAGGAACCCACAGCAGAUUGGAGAUGACCCUUUCAACCCCAGGCUCCUGCACUACCAAGUUGGAAUUCCACGCUGGAGAGGGAGUAUGGUAGAAGUUGAGAUAGUAAAACAAGGCAGAGAAGCACAUUUUCAAAAAACAGACGUGAUGGCUAGGCCAUCACCAACCAACCCACUUACCUUCCACCUCUGUGGGUAAUUCCCCCAAAUCUUGAUUUUCCCCCUCUCUUUCUCCUUAAGAAAAUAAGAAAACACAUUUAAACCCAAGGGCACAAAGCACGUUCUCCACCCACUUCCCUGAAGCCUCAAAUUUCCUUCCAUCUCUUUGAGGUUUCUUGGGGCAUGCCCUGUGUUCCUAGCCCCAGGAUUUUCUGCUCUAGGACUUUCAUAUCUAUACCCCUUCUCCAUCAGUUACAAUUUUUAGAGGGCUCAGGGAUGGUGAGAGAUCCUGAAAGUCAGAGCUGCCUAUAGAAUAAAUAUAUAUAUUUUUUCUUUUUAGGAAAAGUUAGGAGGCUAAGGCAGGCAAGGACUGAAGGUUUGCCUGUUCCACAGUCCCUCAUCUCAGCUCCAGGUCCAUCCCCCUCUCUCCACACAAAACAAUCGGCCACAUAAGGUUCUCCACUUUACUUUUCUUCUGUUGCUCUCUUGACUUAACGUGAAAACAGGGUAUAUUUGAACAAACUGUCUGUCCCAGGCAGGGGCUGCAGCUUGGCCUGUGUGCUUUGCUCAACCCCCUGACAGGACACUUUUGUUGCACUUAGAGUUUACAUUUUAAUGGAUAUAAAAACAACUGUGAGAGAUGCCUAGGCCUGCAGAAGUCCAGCAUCGCUCAAAAAGUGUGUGUUCUAGUGAACAUUUUCAUAUAUAUUUAUUGGUUAUAGCCUGUUAAAAUAUUUUCUUUUUUGUAUUAUUUAUCCCCCUACAUUAUGUAUUUAUAUGAGGAAAAAAGGAAAAAUUGUACUUUUUUAGUAUUUACUUGUUAUAAAGGACAUUGUGUUUCCUGUCAUGUAAAACCAGCUAUUUUAGUUUUUAAUGUACUCUAGGAAAGAGCUGUAGAUUUAUGUUAAACUCGUACUUAUGAGCAAUUGUAAUUAGUUCUAAAAGGCAUGAACUCAGCUCCUAAUCGUCACUGUAUAGUCUUGAAUUUGUAGAGUUAGAGUUAAUUCCCUCUUGGAACUUUCUUUGUUCUUCUGUAGUUACUUUUUCCCCUUACUUAAAGAGUUGUCUGUCAAACAAUUCUUGAAUAAACUUUCUGUUAUCAAUUUUA